ACUGUCGACAUGAAAUAUCAUUUGAUGCUGAGCAAGCAAUGGCUGCAUAUGAAAUAAAGUGUGCGUCGUGUAAACACGUACUUGUGUCACAUUUGUGAUGUUGCCAUUUUAAUCGUGGUAUCUUAGUAACUAACUUACAGUGUGCCAGUUUUUUUCCUGUCGUCCUGUUGCCAAACCGUGGAGGACUCUCCUCCGAGGACUAGCAUGCUACUGCUAAGAGCUAGCCGCCGGAGCCCACCAUUGGUUGUCUGACUGCCCGAGCUGGCAGGCAGUGGCGUCAGGGAAGGACUGGACUAGCGGACCUUACCGUGGAAAUACCGAAGCAAAAAGGGAUACAAGACAGGAAACUCGACGAAUAUGAUUUCUAUUCUACUCAUGGAUUUCCCAACUCGACCAGAACCGAACUAACGCUCAACGGUGCCUGGGAGUAAAGAGUUGAGCGACGAUGUGGUGACGCUUACUCCUCCGAAUCGACGGGAAGCUAAUGUUAGCUGACGCGCUAACGUUCCUUGAUAGCUUCAUAGUCUUACUUUGAAUUAUUUUAAAAACUUAUAGUCACUUUAGAAAAUGUCGGGUAGUUAGACUUGAGACAUUUUGAUAUUUUAUCAACUUUUUUACAAACUUAAGGCAACUCGGUGUCGUUAUCUUUGCUAAGUUGGAGCGCUUCAGAACUAGCAAGCGUUAGCAUCCUAGCAGGCUAGUAGCUAACGCCGGCUAACUGUUGACUCUAAACGGAUUUAAAGCCAAAGAAUUUCGCUUUAAAUUAGCCAAAGGCUAACACGAGUACAGCUGUGUCUACGUCACCUUACUUGCUAUAUCUCAAUUGGCGACUUCUUGCCACCGGGGAUAUAGUUACUUUUUCAAAAGUAGUUGUUUGUCUGAAAAGUGAAGAAAACGCUCUGAAGUCUAGAUAUGCAAUCAUCGAAUCACCAGCAUACUUGCCGAAUGCUAGCUAGCUAUCGUUGAUUUAGCCGGUCGAAGUUGGAAUCCUGGAAACCCUGCUGAAUGGCUUUGCUUUGAGGCCUUGUCUCCAGUGCAACACAUAUCCAAAGCCUUAAUUAUUAUAUAUCACACUGUCUGAGUAAAGUUUAGAUGUUAAAGUAUAUGCGAGCAUCCUAAUUGGAGAACCUGGACUUCGACCAGCCCGUGGAACAGAUCAUAGAUUUGUCAAGAUGAUGUGUGAAGUGAUGCCCACGAUCAGUGAGACAGAGGGGCCGAGUAGUGGAGGUGGCACCGGUCGUCAAGCCUCCGGCUCCCCGCUGCAGUCAGACUCUGAAGGUCAUUUUGAGUCCCUGAUGGUUUCCAUGUUGGAGGAGAGGGACCGUCUUCUUGAGACUCUGAGAGAGACUCAAGAAAAUCUGGGCUUGGCCCAGGGUAAACUGCAUGAAGUCAGCCAUGAAAGGGACUCCCUUCAGAGACAACUCAACUCCGCUUUACCGCAAGAGUUUGCAGCACUAACAAAGGAGGUGAACAUGUGCCGCGAACAACUUCUGGAAAAGGAGGAGGAGAUUGCAGAACUGAAAGCUGAGAGAAACAACACACGUCUCCUCUUGGAGCACCUGGAGUGCCUGGUUUCUCGUCACGAGCGAAGUCUGAGGAUGACUGUAGUGAAACGACAAGCUCAGUCUCCAGCAGGAGUCUCAAGUGAAGUGGAAGUCCUUAAAGCCCUUAAGUCACUUUUUGAACACCACAAAGCCCUUGAUGAGAAGGUAAGGGAGAGACUGCGUGUUGCUUUGGAAAGAUGCAGCGCUUUGGAGGAGCAGCUCACCAUGUCACACAAAGAACUGGCUUACCUCAGGGAGCAGAGCUUCCAGAAGAGGGGACUGGCAGAUGGAACCAGUGAGGUCAAUCACAACUCUGAAAAUACACCAAGCACUAAUGGGAAGCGAUCAUCAGAUGGCUCGCUUAGUCAGGAGGAAGAGUUGGGUCCUGGGUUCGGCAAGGUUGGAGAACUCCAGGAGGUGGUGGACCGUCAGACUGCUGAUCUGGGCCAGAUGAAAGAACGCAUGGCUUCAAUGGCAUCCCGAAUCAAUGAGCUGGAGGAAGAUCUGGACACUGCCAGAAAAGACCUCAUCAAGUCUGAAGACAUGAAUACACGACUACAACGAGACCUCAGAGAAUCUAUGGCUCAGAAGGAGGAUAUGGAAGAGAGGAUCACCACUCUGGAGAAGCGCUACCUGGCAGCUCAACGGGAGGCUACCUCGGUUCACGACCUGAACGACAAGCUGGAGAAUGAAGUAGCUAACAAGGAGUCCCUCUUUAGACAAACUGAAGACAGAAACCGGCAGCUCCAAGAGAAACUGGAGCUUGCUGAGCAGAAGCUGCAGCAGACUAUCCGCAAAGCAGAAACGCUGCCUGAGGUGGAGGCUGAGCUAGCCCAGAGGGUAGCUGCCCUUACAAAGGCAGAGGAACGUCAUGGCAAUGUGGAGGAAAGACUGAGGCAGUUAGAGGCCCAGUUGGAGGAGAAAAACCAGGAAGUUCUCAGGGCAAGGCAGAGAGAGAAGAUGAAUGAGGAGCACAACAAGCGUCUCUCUGAGACAGUGGACAAGCUUCUGUCUGAGUCCAACGAAAGACUCCAGCUUCACCUGAAAGAGAGGAUGUCUGCCCUGGAGGAUAAGAACGGCCUCAUCAGGGAACUGGAGCACACCAAGAAGCUGAUUGAGGAGUCCCACCAUGAAAAGGAGCAACUCUUGAUCCAGAUUGAAACGAUGAGGGCAGAGAACGAGCAAGGAAGGAGCAGGAGCAACUCUUUAUUACACGGGCGAUCGCAGCUGGGAAGCACCCCAGACUUCAGGUAUCCAGUGUCUGCUUCCUCUUUGAUGGACAGCAACUCGGACCACUACGGUAGCGCUCUUGUACUGAGGCGACCCCAAAAAGGACGGGUGGCAGCACUUCGGGACGAGCCAUCCAAGGUGCAGACUCUUAAUGAGCAGGAGUGGGAGCGUGUGCAGCAGGCCAACGUGCUUGCUAAUGUGGCCCAGGCCUUUGAGAGUGACAUGGAUGCCUCGGACCUAGAAGAGGAUCGAGAGACUAUCUUCAGCUCGGUUGACCUUCUGUCCCCUGGUGGUCAGGCCGAUGCACAGACUCUGGCCUUAAUGCUUCAGGAGCAGCUUGAUGCUAUCAACAAUGAAAUUAGAAUGAUUCAAGAGGAGAAGGAAAACACAGCCAUCCGUGCUGAGGAAAUCGAGUGCAGGGUGGGCAGCAACGAUAGCCUUGGAGGACGUUUCCGCUCCAUGAGCUCCAUACCACCUUCACUCUGUGCAGGCUCUUCAAUUGGCAGCUCUCCUCCAGGAUCUGGCCACUCAACCCCAAGACGUGUUCCUCGCAGCCCCAACAGGGAAUUAGACCGCAUGGGUGUCAUGACCCUGCCUAGUGACCUGCGCAAGCACCGCAGGAAGUCUGCUCAGGAUGACAAAGCCACCAUACAGUGUGAGACCUCACCCCCCACCACUCCACGGUCCAUGCGCCUCAACAAGGAAGCAGGGCAUGCUGCCAGCCAUGAGGACAUAAGAGACAUCAGAGGAUUGAUUGGCUUGCAAGAUGGCCAGGGUAGUAACCCCAGCAGCAGUAACAGCAGCCAGGACUCUCUCAACAAAGCAGCCAAGAAGAAGAGCAUUAAGUCUUCCAUUGGACGUCUGUUUGGGAAGAAGGAGAAGGGCCGGCCUAGCAUUCCUGGAAAAGACUCUCCUAGUCAAGCUGGCACUCCUGAGGCAGAGAGCUCACCUAAAGAUGGCUUAGGCAUGGGUACCCUGGGAGGCCCUGCGGAAAAGAACCGAAAACUGCAGAAGAAGCUUUUGAUUGGCCAACAUGCAUAUGACAGCAAGCAUGAACUGUUAGAUGAGGCGCGCAGGCAGGGCCUGCCCUUUGCCCAAUGGGAUGGACCAACUGUUGUCGUUUGGCUUGAGCUGUGGGUGGGCAUGCCAGCUUGGUAUGUCGCUGCCUGCCGUGCUAAUGUGAAGAGUGGAGCCAUUAUGUCAGCUCUCUCUGACACUGAAAUCCAGAGGGAGAUUGGCAUCAGCAACCCGUUACAUCGUUUGAAGCUUCGUCUUGCCAUCCAGGAAAUUAUGUCCCUCACCAGUCCCUCUGCCCCUCCCACAUCUAGAACGACCACAGGAAACGUUUGGGUCACACAUGAAGAAAUGGAAAGUUUGGCAGCAACGCCUCCCACGGAGGAUGACGAAAGUAGCUGGGCCCAGACAUUGGCAUAUGGAGACAUGAAUCAUGAAUGGAUUGGUAAUGAAUGGCUACCCAGUUUGGGUUUACCACAGUAUCGCUCAUAUUUCAUGGAGUCCCUGGUGGACGCCCGCAUGCUCGAUCACCUGACAAAGAAAGACCUCCGGGGACAGCUGAAAAUGGUAGACAGCUUCCACAGGAACAGUUUUCAGUGUGGAGUGAUGUGUUUAAGGAGACUCAACUAUGACCGGAAGGAGCUGGAGAGAAGAAGGGAGGAGUCUCAGCUGGAGUUUAAUGAUGUGCUGGUGUGGAGUAAUGAGCGUGUGAUCAAUUGGGUCCAGGCUAUUGGCUUGAAAGAAUACAGCGCCAACCUGUAUGAAAGUGGCGUCCAUGGCGCACUGCUUUCCCUGGAUGAAACCUUUGAUCACAACUCCCUGGCACUACUGCUGCAGAUUCCUACACAGAACACUCAGGCCAGAGCAGCUCUUGAGCGGGAAUACAACAGUCUGCUGGCCAUUGGCACAGACAGGAGGAUGGAAGAGGAUGAUGACAAAAACUUCCGGCGUGCUCCCUCAUGGAGAAAAAAAUUCAGGCCCAAGGACAUGAGGGGCGUGUCCUUGGGUACAUCAGAUACCCUGCCUGCCAACUUCAGGGUGACCAGCAGCAACGCUUCAUCUCCCUCCACUCAGCCAAAGAGGAGCCCCAUGGAUGGAAGUCAGUCUAUUCAGAGACUGGACACUGCUACAGUCAGGACCUACUCUUGCUAACAUAAACCUCACACAACGUUUAUCCUCAUUAUUUCUAUAGGUAACCGCUGGUCAGAGGAUGAAGGGGAGUUCCCCAUUUUCAAGACCAGGAUGAUGAACUAAACUCAAUUUUAAGGACACUAAAAGUUUUUUUUUUUUGUUAUCACAGAGAGAAAGAUCUUACUCACAAUCUCGGUAUCCCCAGAGGAAACUGUUGAUUUUUCCAUUUUUCUUAUAUGUAGUGUAUGUAUACUGGUGGGACUUUGAAUUGAUUUUACUACAUAAUCUUUUUGCCUCUAGCCCUUUAAUCAACCCACUUUUUAAAAUUAAAAUCUCCCUACCCCACCGUACCCAUCUGAUGUAUGUAACUGAAUGUUUCAGGAGUUUGUAUAUUUCUACCAACAGACAUUUUCUAAUCUUUUUUUUUUUUUAUAAUCUCGACUGACCAGAUGUAUGUUUUUUCUUUGUUGAUUUGAAAUAUAAUCAAUGCUUAAGUGACUUGUGAUAUAAUUUAAUUCUAUACAUCGUUACUGGAUUUUGAACGUGUAUUUUUCUAGCUUCCUGGUGAUUUGGAUGUAAAUACAGCGCUUAAUUUAGGUAGGUGGAUGUGUGAAUAUCAGAUCAAUUGCUGGAGACUAAAAACUGCUCAACACUGUGAGUGCGCCAUCACCAUUCAAAGAACUUCUGGCAAGCCAGGUGAUGUGGACAACAGAUACAGUAUGUUUUCCAUAUAUAUAUAAUGUAUAUAUAUAUGUGUGUGUGUGUGUGUGUGUGUAUAUAUAUAUAUAUAUAUAUAUAUAUAUAUAUAUAUAUAUAUAUAUAUAAUGUAUAUGUGUGUAUGUGUGAUACCAAAUGGAAAGUUUAGAAUUGAAGAACUAAAGCCAUAUAUCCGUAGCUGGUUUCAAAUGCAAACUUCCAGGUCGUCCCCUGUUGACCUUGCAUGUAAGAACUCACACCCCCAACCCUUAGUCUGUCCCUCGAACCACAAACCAAGCCACAGGAGAAAGAGGUCAAGUGCACACAACAGUUUGCUUUGAUGGACCAACCUCACUUAAGCCUCAGCUGCAACUAGACAGUCCACCCAAAAACCUAUUUUUAAAAAACCCUUCUUUUCUAAAUACUUUAUAACAAGCCUUAUUGUUUCUUAACUCUUCUGUUCUUAUUUAUGACAUGUUCAUGUUGUGUGUCUCUUCUGUAUUUUUCCCCUGUUAUCGCUCUCACAACACAGGUUCCGCAAUAAGCUCCUUUGCAAAUUGGAACGGAACUGAAGCGUUUUCUUUCACCCGUACUUUCGUGGAGUCUGAAGUAGAAAUGAUGUCAUUAUGUAUGUCAUUAUGCACAGUUGCUUUUAUUAUUAUUCCUGCUCUUUGUCUGAUCUUGUAACAAUGAUGUACAGUCUGAGUACUUAUAAACUAUUUUUAUCACAGUAUUAUUUAUUGCUUGUUUCAAUAA